GCUAAUUUUCUUCAAGUAAUUUGUAAACAUAACCAAGACCAAGAUCCAUGCAAAUCAACUGCUAUCAUCUGGUGAUGAUUUAAAAUUAUUUUUUAUAUUUUGAUAAAUAAAAAAAAUGAGCGAAGAUAAUUUUGAAUUAAUUUGCCAAGGAGCUGAGGCCAGAUUGUACAAAGGUACAUAUUUAGGAAAGACGACAUUGAAAAAAGAACGUUUUAAAAAAAAUUACAGACAUCCAGAUCUUGAUGACAGUUUGACUAAAGAUCGUAUUAAAAGUGAAGUACGUGCUAUUGUUCGUGCUAAAACAGCUGGUGUUGCUACUCCAGCAAUUUAUCUCGUAGACUUAACAAGGCGUAGUAUUUAUAUGGAAUAUAUAGAAAAUGCUAUAACACUUAAAAUUUAUAUAGAAAAAAUGAUCGAGCAAGACAACGAGGAUGAAAAAAUAUGGAUUGGAAAAAUUGGUAAAGCUCUGGGUUUACUAUUAGCUAAACUACAUUCAAAAAAUAUAAUCCAUGGUGAUUUGACGACAUCAAAUAUACUUAUAAAGAAUAUGGUAUUUGAUAAUAGUAAUGAUUAUGAUAAUGAAAACAUACAUGACAAUUUAGUGGUAAUUGAUUUUGGAUUAGCACGCGUUGAAUCAACGGCUGAAGAUAAAGCUGUUGACUUGUAUGUACUUGAACGAUCAUUACUGAGCUCUCACUCUCAAGUGCCUGAUUUAUUUUCAAAUAUUAUGAAUAAUUAUCAAGUCGGCAUAGCGGAUAAAAAACAACGACGAGAAAUUAUAUCGAAAUACCAGCAAGUGAGAGCUCGCGGAAGAAAGCGUCUCAUGAUUGGUUGAGUUCAAUAAAUUUUAAACCAGUUAUUAAUUUUUUUUAAUGCACAUGUAUAUUUUUAUGGUCUUUUUAAUAAAAAAGAAGAAAAAACAUGA